AACGAAAACACGAGGCAGCCGUGUGUGGAGGAUCCGAGUAAAUUACUGUGUAUCCAGGCUGACCGCGUUAAUCGGCUUUCCCGGUGCGAACGUGAGCCAGUUCGAUCGACGAGAAAUGAGAAGAAGACGAAGCAGCAACAGCGAACGGAACAGAACAGGGUUCGAGUGGAUCGUCGAAGCACGCAGCCGCGGUUUGCAUCGGGAACAUUUAUUCCGGAAAUCCUGUUUGUUGGAAUGAAGCCUUGAAGUUGCCAUCCACUUGCACACCGCCCGCGUUUCCGUCUGCAUCCCGCGGCUCCACUCGCGGCUACAUUUCUUCUUUUCUUUCUUUCGUCGCGAGGUCGCUGGCUUAGCAUUCAACCGGCACGGAAGAAAGUUUAAGUGACUCAUGGAGACACUCUUGAAAUUCACUCCGCGCCGUUACUUAAGUUUCUAUUUUCCCGCUAACGUGGAGGAAGGCGUCGUCGCGUAGCGGAUGUGGCGUCCCAGUGCCGUACUCUUCUGGACACCUCGAUCGAUGGAUCGAGCAUGAAAGUUUAACCGGAGUUCAACAUCCGCGGCGAAAUUACCCCCGGACCACAAAUCACCACGGAAUAUUUUCGAAUUGGUUCCUGCAACGGCGAAGUUACGGUUAACGUAACGUCCCGGAAUCGUUUAAUAAGAGCGAGUUACUCGCGCCUAUAAAUAACUUCUGCGAGGCUAAUAUCCUCGAGAAUCGAGGAUUUCGAUCGUUCGGGGAGAGGCCGGCUACGAGGGACGAUCUAAUAUCCGAGGAAAUAUCUCGAGCAUCGAUUUUUCCGAUAAAAUUCCAAGCCACGUUCCGGUCAACACGAGUGGCCUUUAGAAAAAUGAGCCAAAUGUCGAUCGAACGUUCGAGCGAUCCCGGAGCGUCCUUCGGCAAUCUGCUUCCGUCUGGCGAGCAUUUUCCGAAAGGAUAAUCAGAAUCGGUGAUCCUGUAGCCCCGUGUGCCGAUUACGUGACGGAGGUCCUUUAUCCGCGGAUAAGAAAGCUUGCAGCGUGUCACUACGGAGGGUAACCAGUGACACGGGACUUUCGACCUGUAAAUCGUUCGACCGUCCAAUGGAGUGUUCAAGACGUUGGAAAUUGGACGUCUCAAGGAUUCGCGUGUUCGCGAUGCGGUUGACCGAUGCGCAGAGAUCCCGAAGACGAUCGCGAAGAAGAUUAUUCGCGAUCGUUGCUGAACAGAUGAUCAGAUCGAAGUGAUUUUGGUUGUUCGCCUUGAAAUCUAGCAGGCAUUACUUUCGGGCAUGAAAAUCGACGUUGGUAGCUCGAGGUCAGAGGGAGGUCGAAGAAUAUCGAAGAUACGCUCGUUGAUCUUCCAAUUUCUCUUGCUGGAAGGCUGCUAACAGAUACGACGGUCUCGUGUCGGAAGACGAAAUCGAGUGAUCCGGCAACAAGGAUAAAAAAAGUGGAAGGAUGGAGAAAGAGAACGCGAGACAUUAUAGAGCUUACGAGGGCUUCAAGCCCGCCAACAAUGGGAAUACUUCGUCCUUGAAGAGGUCCACCUCGGAUCGCUCUAAAACGCAUCCCUCGAGACAAGUGAGGUGCCUCUGCUUCGGCGGUGUGCCGGACAAGGCUAGCCAACACUCCUUCUUGAAGGGUUUUGUUAUAAACCUCGGGAUAUGUGCUCUCCUCGUGGCUUAUACUUUGCUCGGUAGCUUCAUCUUCCUUGCGAUCGAGAGCGGCGCCGAUGUCGGGAUGCAACAAAGGACGCUUGCCACCACAAUAGCUGGAAAUCAGCCUACCAGACGGAACACCACCGCUUGGAUGAAACAGGUUAAUCACGAGGCUCGAGCGAAGACCGUAGAGAAUAUAUGGAUAAUCACGGAGAGUUUGAACAUCCUCUACCGUGAGAACUGGACGAGGCUGGCCGCCCAGGAGAUCGCACGUUUUCAGGAUCAACUGGUGAAGAGGAUCACCGAGGAUAUGAUGGCGACCCAGAACGCCGGAACAUACGUCGGAAGUUCCUCGAGCGAUCCUGUAACUGAACGACGAGUGCCGGAAUACGAGUGGAACUUCGCCAAAGCGUUCCUCUAUUCUCUUACCGUGCUCACUACCAUCGGUUGUGGUAGUGUAACACCAAAGUCUACAUGGGGGAAGAUCGCAACCAUGGGUUACGCCAGUCUGGGAAUCCCCUUGACCCUAGUUUACCUGUCAAGUGCUGGAGGCCUCUUGUCCAGGUGUGCUAGGGGUGUUUUCACGCGUGCCCUUUGCUGUUGCCUUUGUUCGAACUGCGGUUACUGUUGCUACGACGAGAGACGAAUGGAGGAGAAGGAAAGACGAAUGAGGAAGAAGAGGCAGCAGGAGGAAUUGGCGCAGCAGCAACAGCAAUUGCAGUUGCAGGAACCAUUUUACGUCCGCGCGAACGCGUCAACGUUUACCAGCACUGUGGAAAUUAAGGCCAGCCCGAAGGACGAAGUGUCGAGUCUUGGUUCCGGUGACAGACCCAAUGUCACCAUACUCGCACCAAUCAGCAUUUGUUUGGGCACAAUGCUCUGUUACAUCGUGGCAGGAGCUUUUACUUUGUACAAGUUUGACGGCUGGUCCUUUGUGGACGCGAGCUACUUCUGCUUCAUGAGCCUGAGUACAAUCGGAUUCGGCGAUAUGGUACCCGGUUCCUAUCCACGGCAAAGCCUGUACGAAUCUCGGAACGAGACCAUUUGGUUCUGCUCGUGCUACAUAAUGUCCGGAAUGGCGCUCACGGCUAUGUGUUUCAACAUCCUCCACGACGAGAUCGUCCACAGGCUGAGCCAUCAAACAGAGAAGCAGGAACCGGUUAAAUCCAGCCCGAGCGUGGACGAGCUGUCUACAGAUCCCUUCGCGUUGACCUCGUGACAAUUUCCGUCUGGCAACCUGUGCCACAGGAACGGCACCGACGAGAACGAUAUUUGUGGAACGGAACCGCCGACCAGCCUGUUCGCCCACGAGAACGAAAUCAAUAUCCUGAAGGACUCUUUCAAUCAAGUGGACGUCACCAGAGACUGCAAGCCGAUCUUGAAACUCGAGGAUCACGUACCGCCGAUUCCUGGUGUCUACAUGUUGCCGAAGGUCGACGAAGAGGCCGAGGAGAACACUGAAAUGUAAAACUCUAGCCUUUUUAUUUCUGACGGGCAAAUUGCAUGCCCGAUAAAGGUAACCAAGUGAAGAGACCUGUUGAAUGGGUUCGUUCGAGGACGUUCUUUGAGGAAUAUGAUACGGUGUUCCUGAUCGAUUAGGUACACUCGAUGAAUAUGUAUGUGUCGCGAACGGGAAUGUAAUUAUUCUAACGCAGUGACAUAGUGUACACCUUCGGCUAACGAGAAUAAUCGGAGGACAUUUUUAUUCGGUUCGAUGUUAGUUCAGGGGAAUGUGGACUGACCUUUUUUUAUAUCUUUUCGUAAAGUGUCUUUUUUUCUAAGCGGAACUGAGGUUUCGUUGUAUCGUGUCCUUCGUGAAUACGUGCACCGUUAAUGGACGGCUUUCGCGUAGUUCUCGGAUGCGAAUUAGGAUGUUUAAACGAUAUUCUCGUCGAGAGGCAGGAAAUUUUGAAGAAAGUAAAUUUGAGAAUUGUUGGAAUGUCAUUUCCGAACGUGGAAGAAUUUUGCAAAUCUGAAACGUUUUUUCAUGUAUCGAAUCAGCGUUUAAUUGAAACGAAAAUAUUUUUGCGGAACAGAAUUGUUGAUCGUGUAAAACGUGUUACGAGACAAUUAACGGUACUCGUUUGCCUCGAGUAAAUCAUUUAAAAUGAAAUAAUGGUGAUGCAACACAAACUUAACCCGUUUCAGCGAAUAUCGCGUUUGAUUAAGACAUAAUGGCAUUACGCAACUUCUGAGUAAGAUGUUCCCAGGAUAUACGAAGUGUCUCUAAAAUGUCCUGAACUUCCUGCAGACAUUUCCACGCUAAUCCUGCGUAACUCUUAAUGAACACCAUAUCACGAGGACGUAAAAUCUAUGCCUUUAGCGGAGUAGUCAAAUGCUGGGGAGAAAAUGCAAAAUAUAAGACGGAUUUCGUGCUUCGGAUUUGAAACAUUAGGGGUGUAUUUUUGUGAAGUGAUGCGAGAUUGAUUUGAAAGAUAGAAACUUUCAAAUUUAUGACUUUGUACUUUGUGAGUUUAGAGAUUUGGAUGUUUUUAAAUUUGCGAUUUGUAAAUUGGGUUGUUGAUUUCUGAAUUCUCAAUUUUUUGGAUUUUCGAAGAAGUGAGUUGGGAAUUUGAGA